AUGGGAUGCCGACUCUCGCGCACAGAUUCUCUAGACAGGAUCGACGCGAAGGACCCGCAGGCGACCACGGCCCUACACCCGGCCAAAGCUGCCACCAGCGAGAAGCGGACGAACGGGAGCAGCGUGCUGACGAGGCGAGACACCCCGCAGAGUCUGCCGCUCCAGGAGGCCAAGAAGGACCCGACGGAUCGUGGCGUAAAUGGAAUCGUUCCCGGUGUCGUCAGCACGAAGCCGAUCGCGGAAGUGGAAAGUGCCAGCCAAGCCGACUUCUUCCGGAUGUUGGACGAGAAGAUUGCUCACGGCAUCGAGCUAGAAGAGACUCCAUCCGAAGCC